GUCAGGGAGUGUCGACCGGAGCGGCUUAUCGGAUGGGGAGCAUCAGGCUUUGGCUUUGGAUACCGGUAGCACUUUUUUAAACAAUAACCGUGGAAGGAAAUACAUAGUUUAAUAAGAAACGCAAAUUAAGUGACCGACUGAGGCGGGAAAGGGAUUCUUGAGCGUGCAGGUCAUUUGUUGGCUAUCUUUUGUUUGAAUGACAUCCGGCUGAACUGGGAAUUAGUCAUUCCUUGAAAAGACUUUUGUCUGCUUGCCAAAUCCUCUUACAUUAAGUGUUAAAAAAGCGGCUGCUUUGUGGGCAAAUAGUCAUUUAAAUAGGUUAACCAUGCAUUUAACCAGCUUACCACAGCUGCUUUACAUCAACAUUUUAUGAUAGGUGGCCAAUGUAUUGAAAAUAUCCUUUUUAGUCCACAUUGAUGUAGUUAAUGUCAAGUAAAACACAUUUAGUGAGAGAUAACUGGUGUACUUUAUUCUGCUGUGACUGUACUACCUCAUUAUGAGUCAUAAUACCUUUAAACCCAUUGGAGAUAUUAGUUCAAUAAGCUGGAGUAUGUAAGACGCUGGACCAGCCUGCCUGAUGCAAACCUCCUCAAACGUGCCAGCAAAGCCACGAGUGAACAGUCCAAAGCAUCAGCAUCUUUGUUGCCAGUGUCAGGAUUCCGUCGGAGGGAUGCUGAGGGCCUCGGUGGAGGACAGGGAUGAUGAGCAGGAGGAUGAAGGGGAUGAAGAGUUGGGGGACGGCGGGGUGCCUUUCUACGUCAACCGAGGUGGCCUCCCCAUGGACGAGGACACCUGGGAGAGAAUGUGGCGGCACGUGGCUCGGAUCCACCCGGACGGGGAUGCGUUGGGAAAGAGCAUCCGUGGUGCCACUGACUUGCCCAAGAUGCCAAUACCAAGCGUGCCUACAUACCAGCCUACCACCGCGAUCCCACUGCGCCUGGAAGCCAUACAGAAAUACAUCAGGGAAUUACAAUACAAUCACACCGGGACGCAGUUCUUUGAAAUAAAGAAAAGCCGACCUCUUACUGCGUUGAUGGACAUCGCCAAGGAGAUGACGCGUGAAGCCCUGCCAAUCAAAUGCCUGGAGGCAGUCAUCUUGGGCAUUUACCUCACCAACAGCAUGCCGGCCGUGGAACGCUUCCCCAUCAGCUUUAAGUCUCAGUUCUCAGGGAACUACUUCUACCACAUCGUGCUGGGAGUCCACAGCGGCGGACGCUUCGGCGCGCUGGGCAUGAGUCGGCGAGAGGAUCUCAUGUUCAAGCCCCUGGAGCACCGCACGUUGAUGGACUUGGUGCAGGACUUCGAAGGGGCCUACAGUGGCUACUGGCACGCCCUGCGCAAGGUCAAGAUUGGCCAGUACGUGUCACAUGACCCUCACAGCGUGGAGCAAAUAGAGUGGAAGCACUCCGUCCUGGAUUUAGAUGGGCUGAGCAAGGAAGAGUUGCGGAAGGAACUGGAGAGACACACUCGAGACAUGAGGCUCAAGAUAGGAAAGCCAACACCUCCAACUCCCACCAAAGAUAGGAGAAAUAGCAUGGGUUCACCCCUAAGAGGACCGGGAAGCCCCGUUCGUAGAAUCAGCUGUGUUGAAAGACGUCCAUCUGGAGAGAAGAAGGCUCUGGAACAGAAAGCAUCUGGAGACAUGAAUGUUUAUCAGAUUCGAGUGUGAUUUUUUUGGACAAGGCCACAGACGAGGUAUCAUUCACGGUCCACAUUGGCCUGUUCUUGCAAUGCAACAUUCAAUUGGGAACCAAUUUCCCUCAUACAAAUCCAAACAAAAGCCUAUUUCACUGUCACAUUGUCACGUUUUGUUGUUUCUUGAGCAUUUUAUAUACAUAACUGGUGCUGUUGUGUGUAAACAUUUUUACUAACUUUAGAUAUACUGUAGGUUACAUUCGAGUUAUACAGGAAAGUAAUGUAUUGGCCCGAAUAAAAGACGGUGUUUUCUGCAUUGAAAUAAGACUGAAAAAGUGGGAGUCGUUUUAUAUUUGGGGUGUAGACAUUAUACCCAUUCAGGACGCUAGAUGGCGCCAGAUAUCAUUGAAGCGAUGCUCUGUCAUGACAGAUCUCAGCUACUCUCAAGUUUAACCAGUUUGCAUUAUUUUAUUGCAACGUUUUUCCUUAUUCAGAUUUGUUUCAAGACUACAGUUACAGUUAGACCUCACUUUGAUGGUUAAUGCAGUUAUUGCAAUUUUGUUAUUUUAUCACAAUAGGUUAUUUACAUUUCAAAAACCAGAAGCCAUUCAUUUACGAAUGUGAUUGCACUUUAGUUUACAUGUUUAAACGUUCAGAUAUUAAGAUUUGAAUGAGGCAAAAUAACAUGCUUUUUCUCUCAUAUAUUGUCAUAAUCAUUUGUUUCAGAUGUACUGUAAUUAUUUUCUGUAUAAAAAUUGAUUUGGUGUUCAAAAAGUCUUUUUUCAAACUUGAGUCUUGAA